UCACUAGCUGACUACACCGUGUUUGAGCGGAUGACUGUGAACUGGUCCCACGGCAGCCAUCUGGUGUGGACGUUUGGCCGCAGGACGCUCAAACUGAUCAGUGAUCGAGACCCUAUCUACAGUGGUCUUGAGGACAUAGCCACGAAGAUCAAACGCAGGGCAUUGGCUGGAUAUGGACUCAAGGAAGAGAUCUGGCAGAAUGGGGAUCUAGCAGAAGACCAAAAUCUCAAGAACCUAUGGCAUUGGCUAUACUGUAGCCGUAACCUUGUUCAGGAUGGCUAUAUAGAAGCAAAUGGUUCCACUAGGCAUCCUGGAGUCAGAUCGGUGUUGGGGAUGGACAUUGGCACAACGAUUGCCAACAAGUCAGAGUUGGUGUUGACACCUUGGACAGAGAAUUCUCAGACUUCAGUAAGACUCUAUAGGAGUGAAGACAGAGACAAGGCGUUGCAGCUGUGUGGUUGGAUGUUCGAUCGGGACCUGGCUGCCCUGCCGACUUUCCUGGAGACUGUGGAGAGUGAGGGGGAAGAGGGAGUGUGCAGGGCGGCCGCCAUUGCUGUGUUCAACCUGCGCCUGCGCCUAGCCAUCGAGAUUCUAACACGUGGUGCCCAAACUUACAACGACAGACUUACCAUUGUCGCUAUGGCUCUCUCAGGCUUCACUGACUCAAGGAGCAGCAUGUGGCGAGAACUGUGCAUGUCACAACGUGCCCAGAUAUCCAACCCAUACCUGCGAGCAAUGUUUGCCUUUCUCACACUUGAAGGAGACAACUAUGACACAGUCCUUAACGAGCCAGGAUUAGCAGUGGAGGAUCGGGUGGCUCUGGCGUGUCUGUACUUGUCCAAUGCACGGCUGUACGAGUACUUGAGCCAGCUGACGGAGACACUGAUUUCGAGUGGUGACCUGGGUGGUGUGUUGCUGACCGGGGCAGGGAGCGAAUGUGUGUCGCUACUACAACACUACCUGGACCGCAGUGGAGACGUGCAGAGCGCCUGUCUCAUCGCUGCCUGCACAUUUCCCUCGCAGCUGCUCGAUAAGGACAGUCAGGUCCAGGAGUGGAUUGCAAGUUAUCGCAACCUGCUGAACAGCUGGCACAUGUGGAACCACCGGGCGAGAGUGGACAUCGCACUCAGCACACGAAACCCUGGCACCAAACCUGUGCAGCAGGUGUUUGUGUCGUGUAACUUCUGCGGUAAAAGUGUAUCGGCAUAUAUGCAGGCUUCUUCACUAAGCCGAGGCCAGCUCGCUAGGCUUGGUGCCACCAGCAAUCGACUUAAGAUGACAUCAUGCCCCAACUGUCGCAAACCCCAACCACGCUGUGCAGUCUGUUUGGUGAACAUGGGAACCCCGGCUUAUUAUGACGGGAACCCUUCACCUUCUCCCUCCCGUCCUUCGACCACACCCCUCCGUCUCUCCCCCUUCAACUCCUGGUACACCUGGUGCCAGACCUGCAGACACGGUGGACACGCCUCACACAUCACCCAGUGGUUCAGGGAACAUUCGGAGUGCCCAGUGACGGCUUGCUCCUGUCGCUGCCUGAGCCUGGACACCUCUAGCAAGAUGUCAUCCCUUGCGUCUGUUGCAUAGAGAUAACAACUUCCACAACAGUUGUUCUGAACUCUUCUUUUACUCUGUGGUUUACAAUAGUACCAAAGGAAAUAAUUUUUCGUUUUCAGAUCUUGGCAAGUUAGGUAAUUUGGUAAGUUUGAUUUCAUUGUUGUUUUAUUUUAAUUAGUUAAGUUAAUCUUUAUACAGUAUCAUUAAGUUCCUAGUUAAGUUAUUAAUGUUAAUUAAUGUUGUUCUUGUUUUAACGGCGCCUGCUUUCUUUAAAUGUUUUUCUGUAUACCAUUUAAGUUAUUUAGCUGCGAUUUCAACAAAUGUGAGUGAAUCUUAAAUAUAAGGAAGAAUGAUACUGUUCAA